AUGAUUCAGUUGUGGAAAGUAGUGCGGCACGUGCGACAGCUGGAGCUCCACAGAUUGAUCCUGCUGCUCAUUGCCUUCAGCCUGAUCUCCAUGUGCAUCCUGGCUUACUACGUCACUAACAGUCCUAAAAUCAAGGAGCCACCACCCCUGCCCUUCAGUGACUGCAGCAACCAGCACCGUGUCUUGAUCCCACCACAAGCCAGCUGGAGGCUCACGAAAUCUGUGGACACUUCACGCACAGAUCCUGUGGUGCUAGUCUUUGUGGAAAGCAUUUACUCCCAACUGGGUCAGGAAAUAGUGGCCAUCCUGGAAUCUAGCCGGUUUAAAUAUAGGACAGAGAUCGCCCCUGGCAAAGGGGAUAUGCCCACUCUGACAGACAAAGAUAGAGGACGCUACGCUCUUAUUAUCUAUGAGAACAUCCUUAAGUAUGUGAACCUAGAUGCUUGGAACAGAGAGCUGCUGGACAAAUACUGUGUAGAGUAUGGAGUGGGGAUUGUAGGCUUUUUCAAAGCCAACGAGAACAGCCUGCUCAGUGCACAACUCAAGGGUUUUCCCCUUUUCCUACAUUCCAACUUGGGGCUGCGGGACUAUCACAUCAACCCAAGUGCUCCCCUGCUCUAUGUCACCCGGGCCAAUGAGGUAGAGCAGGGUCCCCUGCCUGGUGAUGACUGGACUGUGUUCCAGUCAAACCAUAGCACCUAUGAGCCAGUGCUGUUGGCCAGCACAAAGUCCUCAGAUUCUAUUCCUCACCUGGCCACCCACAAAGCGUUGCAUGCCACAGUGGUGCAGGACCUAGGUCUGCAUGAUGGUAUCCAGCGAGUUCUCUUCGGCAAUAACCUCAAUUUUUGGCUGCACAAACUCAUUUUCGUGGAUGCAAUUGCCUACUUGACUGGCAAGCGCCUCUGUCUCACACUUGAUCGCUAUAUCCUUGUCGACAUUGAUGAUAUAUUUGUGGGAAAAGAGGGCACUCGCAUGAAAGUGUCUGACGUGGAGGCUUUGCUGAGCACCCAGAAUAAGCUGAGAACUUUAGUUCCGAAUUUCACCUUCAAUCUGGGCUUCUCAGGGAAAUUCUACCAUACAGGCACAGAUGAGGAAGAUGAAGGGGACGACAUGCUGCUCAAACACAGGAAGGAGUUCUGGUGGUUUCCUCACAUGUGGAGUCACAUGCAGCCUCAUCUUUUCCACAAUGUCACUGUACUAGCUGAGCAGAUGAAGCUCAACAAACAGUUUGCUGUGGAGCAUGGGAUUCCCACAGACUUGGGCUAUGCUGUAGCCCCACAUCACUCUGGGGUUUAUCCUGUCCACACGCAGCUGUAUGAGGCAUGGAAAUCAGUGUGGAGCAUCCAGGUAACGAGCACAGAGGAAUACCCACACCUACGGCCUGCUCGGUACCGGCGUGGAUUCAUCCAUAAUGGAAUCAUGGUUCUGCCUCGACAGACCUGUGGUCUUUUUACUCACACUAUCUUCUAUAAUGAAUAUCCUGGUGGCUCAAAGGAGUUGGACAAGAGCAUUCGUGGUGGUGAACUCUUCCUGACGGUGCUCCUGAACCCAAUCAGCAUCUUCAUGACUCACUUGUCCAACUAUGGGAAUGACCGUCUGGGACUGUACACUUUUGAGAGCUUGGUCAAGUUUGUGCAGUGCUGGACCAACCUUCGCUUGCAAACAUUGCCCCCUGUCCAACUUGCAAAAAAGUACUUUGAAAUCUUUCCCCAGGAGAAGAAUCCUUUGUGGCAGAAUCCCUGUGAUGAUAAGAGGCACAAGGAUAUCUGGUCCAAAGAGAAAACAUGCGAUCGACUUCCAAAGUUCCUCAUUGUGGGACCUCAGAAAACUGGUACAACAGCUGUGCACUUCUUCUUGACCAUGCAUCCAGCAGUCACCAGUAACUUCCCAAGUCCAUCCACCUUUGAGGAGAUACAGUUUUUUAAUGGACCUAACUAUCAUAAAGGCAUUGAUUGGUACAUGGAAUUCUUUCCUAUACCCUCCAAUGCCAGCACAGACUUCAUGUUUGAGAAGAGUGCCAAUUACUUUGACACAGAGGUGGUACCAAAACGUGGUGCAGCCCUGCUGCCUCGAGCCAAAAUCAUUACUGUUCUGAUCAACCCUGCUGAUCGAGCCUAUUCAUGGUACCAGCACCAGCGUGCUCACAAUGACCCUGUGGCACUCAAUUACACCUUCUACCAAGUAAUCUCUGCCAAAUCCCAGGCCCCUCAGGAACUGCGCAACCUGCAAAGCCGCUGUCUGCUCCCUGGCUGGUACUCGACACACCUGGAGCGCUGGCUAACGUACUACCCCUCUGGGCAGCUUCUCAUUGUGGAUGGUCAGGAGCUGAGACACAACCCUGCCUCUGUCAUGGACAACAUCCAGAAGUUCUUGGGAGUUACGCCACUCUUCAACUACACCCAGGCCCUCAGAUUUGAUGAAGCAAAAGGAUUUUGGUGCCAGCUGCUAGAUGGAGGAAAGACUAAAUGCCUAGGAAAGAGUAAAGGAAGAAAAUACCCUGAUAUGGAUUCCUCGUCACGGCUGUUCCUAAGAGAGUUCUACCGGGAACACAACAUUGAAUUAUCCAAGCUGAUGAACAGACUUGGGCAGCCCCUUCCAACCUGGCUCCGAGAGGAACUGCAGAAUUCCAGUUGGAGCUGAGAGGGACUGCCUUACCUCCAGUGCCAUUGGGAUGUGUGGUGCUCCAAUGCCUGCUAUAAUGCCAUGUCUUGUCAAGCCAAAACAACUGGACCAAUGAA